GUCAGCUUAUCAUAUUUUCAACAGAAUUACGAUAAGCUGGCAUUUACUAUGCAGAGCUUGUGGGUGAAGUGUGCAUUAUUUUUCAAACGGAACGACAAUGCUUGGCUUGUUCGAAGUCAUCAAGGACAAAUUUAAGCCAAAAUUGAACGCUGUUGCUAUAGAUAAUUGGGCGUUUAAGCUCCACUAUCGUGUGACAACUUUACUUUUCUUCAUUGCUACGAUUUUGGUGACUUUUAGGGAAUAUAUAGGUGAACACAUCAAGUGCAUCAAUGAUAUGCCAAAAGCUGGGUUUGAUAGAGUCAUUGAGACCUUCUGCUUCUUUUCAACGACUUUCACUGUGAUCGACGAUUUCACCUACGGCCCUUUGGCCCACCCUGGCGUUGCCCCCUAUGGUAUAGGGUCGAAACAACCCAUCCGAAAGCACUCAUACUACCAAUGGGUCCCUUUCGUUUUAUUCGGACAAGGAAUAAUGUUCUACUUGACCCAUCUCCUUUGGAAAGUCAUGGAAGACAACACGAUUGAAAAACUAGUCUUGGGACUAAAUCGCACCAAACUAGCACUAGAAACUGACGAAAUAAACGACCGCCAAGACAAGAGGAUUCGUAUCAACAGAAUCAAAAGCAUUUUCUUGGAACGUCUCAAAAUCACCAAAUCCUGGACGUGGUGGUUUAUUUUAUGCGAACUCUUGAACGUUGGCAACGUUAUCGUCCAGAUCUACAUCACCCAGAAAUUUCUUGGUGGCCAGUUUUACACUUUGGGCACCAAAGUCGUGACUGUAGGGCCCCAAAUUUUGGACGAGGUGUUCCCAAAAGUCACGAAAUGCUCGUUUCAUACGUAUGGCCCCUCAGGUUCGAUCCAAAUCCACGAUGCUUUGUGUAUCAUGGCUUUGAAUAUUGUCAACGAGAAAAUUUUCGUGUUUUUGUGGUUUUGGUACAUUUUGCUUUUCAUAGCCUCGUGUUUGAUCGUCUUUUGGCGAUUUUUGACUGUUCUUUUCUACAAGAAAUGUAUGACUUUUAACCAGUUUAUUUUCGGGCAUGGAAAGUUGCAUUACUGGAAUUUGAAUUUGGUGGUGAAGCAGUGCAGUUACCAUGAUUGGUUGCUGUUGAAGUAUUUGGCAAAGAAUAUGGACGGGCUCGUGUUCAGGGAGUUGUUUAUGGACAUUUCCGAGGAGUUGGAGGAAAGGAAACCUUUGUUUAUGCUGGCGCAAGGUGAUAAAGGAACAGAUAUGGCCAAGUUUGACUGAGAUAUUACAUUAUUUUUUUAUGGUGUUAUUUUUUUAUAUUUUAUAAUAAAGUAAUUUAAUGUCAA